AUGUCUCUUACUCGCUGGUUCAACGAGCCUUUCUAUGGUAUGUCGGACUUUGAUCGUAUGUUCGAUGAUGCCUUCACUCGCCGCGCCACGGACCUCGGCAGCCUUCGAGAGCACGGUGGUGCGCGCGGCCUAAUGCCGAGGAUGGACCUCCAUGAGGACACCAAGAGUAACGUCGUCACCGCUUCAUUCGAGUUGCCCGGUUUGAAGAAGGAAGACGUCGACAUCGACGUGCAGAACAACGUCUUGACGGUCUCCGGCGAGUCUAAGAUGUCUAGCGAGCACGAGGAGAGCGGAUACACCAUCCAUGAGCGCCGCUCGGGCAAAUUCACGCGGGCGGUCUCCCUCCCGCACGGCGUGAAGCCGAACGACAUCAAAGCGCACAUGGAGAAUGGCGUCUUGACGGUCUCCUACCCCAAGGUGACCCCGGAGGCAAGUGUAAAGAAGAUCGCCAUUUCUUAA